AUGGUGAACACAAGACACACCACUUUCGAUCCUACUAACCAAGAGCUGGGUAAUGGAGAACCAUUGGCCAGCCAGCCUUUUCCUCAGAGUCCACCUGAGGACACUCCCCAUCAGAUGUCCCAGCCCGACGAGUCGCAAAACUAUGAAGGUGGAGCAGAAUACGAAGAGGACUACUAUGAGGAAGAGGGAAAUGAAGGGGAAUACCACGACCUAGAGCCUGAGGAUCCUGAGAUCCCAGAAGGAGUGGAUCCCAACCAGGAGGAUCCAGAGGUGUCUAGACUGAGGCAGCAAGUUCUGGACCAAGAAGCCAGGAUUGUUGAGCAGAAGGAGGCCACUCGGCGGAUGCAAGAGUCCCUCCAAGCCUUACAAGCUUUCAUAGCCACCCAGGGUUCGGCGGCUAAUCCCCCAGUUGUCCCACCUCCAGGAAUGCAACCGCCAGCUCUGCAGGCCAGAAAUGGCGCCCCUGAAGACGCGAGCCUAAUCCCUCCUCAGGGACAAGCUCCCGAGCAAGGCCUGGGAAACCCGGACCGAGAGAAGAGGAAGACUGGGGCAAUCCCCCAGAGGAAAAACCCUUCUGUCCAGAAAGCCAGAACCUGUCCCCGGCCGCUCCUUAGGAAAGAGAAGGUGCACCCCGUCCCAGGACAGGGCCACACGAUCAAUCUGCAAGGGACGCGACCACAAGGCACCAGGCCCCGGUAUGCCCCGGGGCAGGCCGGAUGGGAACGAUCUUUACAUCCCAGCGCUUUAGUGAACAAAAUCCGCCAGGAGCGGCCACGUAACGAUGAGCAUCACACCCUCAGCUCUAGGGACGAUACGUCCCGGGUAGACCUGCGCGAAGGGAUGAAUGCUCGAAAGGAGCAGGCCCGCAAGUAA